UGUUUUGCAGAACCGCUGUGUCAAUAUAAUAGCUCACCUUUUCAAUGCUCCCAUUGGUGAGGAUGAAACUGCAAUAGGAGUUGGAACUGUUGGUUCAUCAGAAGCGAUAAUGCUGGCUGGGUUGGCAUUCAAAAGGAAGUGGCAGAACAAAAGAAAGGCGGAGGGAAAGCCAUAUGACAAACCCAACAUAGUUACUGGUGCAAACGUUCAGGUUUGCUGGGAAAAAUUUGCCAGGUAUUUUGAAGUGGAGUUAAAAGAAGUGAAACUAAGAGAAGGGUUUUAUGUAUUGGACCCUGAAAAGGCCAUCGAGAUGGUUGAUGAAAAUACUAUAUGUGUUGCUGCUAUUUUGGGUUCAACUCUAACCGGGGAGUUUGAAGAUGUCAAAAUUCUGAAUGAUCUACUCGUAGAGAAAAACAAGCAAACUGGUUGGGAUACCCCAAUUCAUGUGGAUGCCGCAAGUGGUGGUUUUAUAGCACCUUUUCUUUAUCCAGAAUUGGAAUGGGAUUUUCGUUUGCCGUUAGUGAAGAGCAUCAAUGCCAGUGGUCACAAAUACGGAUUGGUUUAUGCUGGUGUUGGCUGGGUGGUUUGGAGGAGCAAGGAGGAUUUGCCUGAAGAACUUAUUUUCCAUAUAAACUAUCUGGGUGCAGAUCAACCGACUUUCACCCUUAAUUUCUCCAAAGGUUCAAGCCAAAUUAUUGCUCAGUACUACCAGUUUAUACGAUUGGGAUAUGAGGGAUACAAGAGCAUCAUGGAGAAUUGCGUAGAGAACGCAAGAAUUCUCAAGGAAGGCAUUGAGCGUACUGGGAGAUUCGACAUCGUUUCAAAAGACGCAGGUGUGCCCCUCGUUGCCUUUAAACUGAAGGAUAGUAGCCAACACACAGUCUUCGAGAUAUCAGAGAGCCUGAGAAGAUUUGGAUGGAUAGUUCCGGCCUACACAAUGCCGCCUGAUGCAGAGCAUGUUGCAGUUCUGAGAGUGGUGAUCAGGGAAGACUUCAGCAGAAGCCUUGCAGAGCGUCUUGUCUCCGACUUAGUGAAGGUGCUGUCGGAGCUCGAUGCUCUGCCAAGCCGAAUCGCAAAGAUUGCAGCUGCUACGGCUGAGAUAAGUGGUGAUGGUGGUGCGGUGUCGAAGAAGAGUGUGAAGGAGAUACAGGAAGAGAUAACCAGUCACUGGAAGAGAAUUGUGGAGAAGAGUAAGAAGACGAGUGGUGUUUGUUGAUUUGCCUGAAUGGAGGUUUGUGGAUUUGGUUCUGGUUUUUGAACGUGCUGUGUUCGGUUUUCUGCUAGUUAAUGUGCAGUUUUGAUUCAUGUGAGCCGGUUGGUUUCCGGACUACCUGUUUAUACAGAUGGUGCUUGAGGAAUCGGA